UCAAAAGAAAGGCAAAGGAGUAUGUUGCGAGAUUUUCACCGUGUCAGAAGAGAGAGUGUAGGCACUAAUGGAGGUGAAAGUGCGAUCCGAAGUGCGUGGCCGCAUUUAUUUAAGAAAACCCGAACACAGAUUAAAUUUUUGAUGUUGUUAAAUUGUGAGUGAGUCUCUCUACUUGGAUGCCAUGGUUUCUGCACGUUCCAAGCAUUUACAGUCACAUUCAUCAUUUGUGACUAUAUCUUCCUUCUCCUUAAUCCUUGUUUGCUGCCUGAUUCUUCUCUUCAUAUUCGCACACCCUUCUUUUUAUGCCUCUUUCCCCUUGCUUAUCCAUGCAUCGCAUGGUCAUUUGAUCGCACUUGAUAAUGUCAACAAAUCAUGUAUUAAAACGCCCAAUUUCUGUAAAUAUGAAGAAGGCACCUGGAUUUAUGAUGGCAGGAGAAAAUAUUUGUAUGAUGAAGGUUGCCCAUUUCAGAGAAAUGCCUGGAACUGUAUCAAAAACAAAAGACCCAGUAUGGAUAACAUCUUUGGUUGGAAGUGGGUUCCCAAAAGCUGUGAAUUAUCUCAGAUUAGUCCACAUUUGUUUCUGAGCUCCGUUAGGAAUAUGAAGAUUGGAUUCAUUGGGGAUUCGCUCAAUGAGAAUUUUCUGGUGUCGUUUCUUUGUAUUCUUCGAACAGCAGAUGAAGGAGUCAGGAAAUGGAAAAGGAAGGGUGCCUGGAAGGGGGCUUAUUUCCCAAAAUACAAUGCUACUGUUGGGUAUCAUCGAGCUGUUCUUCUUGCUAGAUAUGAGUGGCAGCCUGUAAGUGCAAAAAUACAUUCAGUCAAACCUGGAGUUAAAGGAAUUAACAGAGUUGAUGUAGACAUUCCUGCAGACGACUGGAUCAAUGUCACAAACUACUAUGAUAUAUUCAUUUUUAACACAGGUCACUGGUGGGGUUCAGAUAAAUUUCCUAAAGAGAAACCUCUUGUAUUUUAUAGAGAAGGAAAUCUUAUUUCUCCCUCAUUGAGUAUAAGAGAUGGACUUAAUAUAGUUCUACAAAGCAUGGGAUCAUAUAUUGAAAGGACAGUUCCAAAGGACAGAUUAAAGAUCUGGAGGACACAGUCUCCAAGGCACUUCGAUGGUGGUGAGUGGAAUCAAAAUGGAAGUUGCACAUUUGACUCACUUCUCGAAGAAAAUAAGUUAGAAUAUUGGUUUGAACCAAAAAAUGGUGGAAUAAACCGAGAAGCUAGGGAAGUGAAUGCUAUCAUAAAACAUGCAUUGCAAGGAACAAGUAUCAAUUUGUUGGAUUUAACCCAUUUGAGUGAGUUUCGUGCUGAUGCUCAUCCUGCUAUAUGGCUCGGAAAAAAGGAUGCAGUCGCAAUAUGGGGCCAAGAUUGCAUGCAUUGGUGCCUUCCUGGUCUACCUGACACUUGGGUUGAUGUCCUCUCAGCAGUAAUUUUAGAGCAUUUAAGUGCUAGAUCUCAUUCUCUUGGGUGUAGAUAAGUGAAGCUACAUGGCAUCCACUCAAAAGUUUACCCCACAUUCUCAUUUAGAACCACAGAUGUCUACUGUACCUGCAGAAUGGAUCCCAUUUUUGUAUGAGCUAUGUAGAUUUUAAACAAAUGUUUUCAUCUGGGUUUUAUGCUAUUUCUGUCUGUUCAUGUUCGAAUUGGUAGUUCCUGCCACUUAGAGUAUUCGUGCACCACUUAACUAGGGCUAACUAUUUGGCAUCUAAUAAUGGUUAUAGCUGAUGGAAAGUCCUCUAUCAUUACCUGUCGACCUUUGAGGGGAAGAACAAAUGAUAACUUUUCAUGAAUUUUACUUCGUUGAAAUACUUGAUAAACAUUGAGUAGUUUCUUUUGCCUUUGAGAAGGGAAAUGUAAUUUGGGCAGUCGUCUGUUUUGUCUUAGUUGAAUAGAUCAUUUUUGGCCACAAAAUGGGAGAGAUCCCAUAUGCUUCAUACAUCAUCUUACUCAAUGAUACAUAGAAAGUACUCGUCAAAUCCUAUCAACUAUUUCUGAUACAA